AUGACGAGUUUUAACGAAUUCUCAAGUCAGACAGAAAAUACUAAGCUCAAGGCUGAAAUCGAAGAAUUAAAACGAGCUGUUAAAAAUAUCGAAAAGCAUAAUCGAACUGCUAUUAAUGAUUUAAAGUCUCCGUUACAUUCCACUCCAUUGCCCAACAAUAGGGAAAAUGCACAAGUUACAUAUUCUUCGACUCAUCACGCGGCAGACCAAUCCAUGACUAGCAUUGACUUUGUAACUCCAAGCAUUUCAGAACAGAUAGUCAAUACAAUUUCCGAUACAUCUAACUUUAAUGAAACUUGCUCUGGCGAAUCCAAAUCAUUAGAGGAUGAAGAAGUUGAUGACUUUUUAGAUUCAGAAAAUAGGAAAUGUGUCAGUAAUGAGAUAAGACAGAGGAAUAAGGAAAAAAAGCUAUUACAUAGUAAUGAAGCUUCCGCUUCUCAGGAUCAAGACUUACCUUUAGUUAAUCAAACUGCUUCACCCCCACCAUGUGAUGCAAAAACCGUGACAAAAUGUCACGAUCAAAAUCAUAUCCUUGACAAUUCUGAUACUAUCUCCGAAGUACUUGAAUCAGACAAUCAAAUAGUAGAAGGCUUAAUACAAGAGAUAACUUGUGAUCGCGAUCACGAACAAAGUAUUGUCUCCGAAAUCAAUCCCUUAUCUUCAAUUAACGGAAACAAUGGUGAGGUAAAUGUUAGUGGUAUACAGGUUAUAGUUCCGGACUCUGUACAAAGUUUAUCAGACUUAUUUGAUAAAGCAAUUAAAUCAGGCCAGAAACAAAUUUUAUGUUGGUAUUAUUAUUCUCUAGAAUUCGAAAAUAAGGUGACUUCAAAAACCGUGACAAAAUGUCACGAUCAGACUAAUUCAGAAGUAAGUGAAUCUAUCCCUUCGUCUUAUAUCUCUAAUUCUUCAG